AUGCCCGCUGAAAGCAUUGUAAUUGUUGGCGCAGGCAUCAUCGGCCUGGACGUUGCACUGGUGUUGGCAAAGGCAGGCCUCGGUAAAUCUACUACGGUCGACGAUGCAAACUCAUUGAACCAGUCAAGUGAUCCAGACAAAGACAUGGCUGACUCAAUCAGGGCCGGCUGCAACUUUUCAGCCAUCUCCGGCAGCGAUGCCAACGCGUUGAGAUGGGAUCGCGUCGGUUACUCCCAUCUCUGCAAGCUGGCAUCUGAGACAGAAGAAAAGGCGUUCGUGGAGAGAACUCCAUCUAUCGAAAUGUGGGAUGAAGAGAUUCCCCACGAAAAGAUAAAGCACAUGUCUGACUACCUUGAGGAUUUCAAAGUUUUGCCUCAAGAGGAACUUCCAGAAGGCGUCAAAUUUGCUGUGUCUUUCACCACUUUGACUGUGAAUGCGCCUGCAUAUCUCCUCUACCUUUACCGGACGCUGAAGGACCGUUAUGGUGUACGUUUCAUCCGGCAAAAGGUUCCCGAUAUUCAAUCCGGCUUCAUCAGCCUCGACACAAAGGUCGUGUUCAACUGCACUGGUAACGCAGCCAAGACACUAUCCGGCGUCGAAGACCAACGCUGCUACCCAACCAGAGGCCAGGUUGUGUUGGUCAGAGCACCGCAAGUCCGAACAAAUGUAAUGAGGCACGGCAAGAACUACGAGACCUACGUGAUCCCACGGCCUGGAUCAAACGGGAAUGCCAUAUUGGGAGGAUACAUGCAGAAGGGAAGUGGUGACGGUGCUACAUACUAUCAUGAGACCAUCUCCAUUAUGGAUCGGACCCACAAGUUGAGUAGCGAGCUUCGUGAGAAGGAUUCUGAAGUACUUGCGAUUGUUGCUGGGCUAAGGCCCUCACGAGAAGGCGGUGCUCGCGUCGAGGGUGUUGAGGUUGACGUAGGUGGGAGGCAGGGUUUGAUCGUACAUAAUUACGGAGCUGGAGGUACUGGGUUUCAGGCUGGAUACGGCAUGGCGUUGGAGGCAGUCGAGGCUGCUGCGACCGCUUUGAAAGAUAUACAGCAUGCAGGCUUAAAGUCACGCCUGUGA